AUGGAUCCACACAAUCCUUUCAAUUUUCAUCUCGGCCCACCAACCAACGCGGCUCACUCGCACCACCCAGAGCCCACACCAAGUCCACCGCAGAGUGUUCCCGGUAGACGAACCCCCCUGGGAACUGUUGGUUUGGGUGGAUUUUACGCCCAACCGCAUGCGUCCGGUGCCGUAGCACUGACCGAUGAAAACCGUCCUUCGGGGAGUGCCGAAAGUCAUUUCAGUCCUCCGCCCAGCCAUUCGGCUGCUCCGGUCGCUGGAGGCAAACAGAAAAAUCGCCAGGGUAAAACCGUUCGACUAAACAUCAACGCCAGAGAGAGAAGACGAAUGCACGAUUUAAACGAUGCCCUUGAUGAACUUCGUAGCGUAAUCCCUUACGCUCACUCACCUUCGGUUCGGAAGCUGUCCAAAAUUGCCACACUGCUAUUGGCGAAAAACUACAUCCUAAUGCAGGCGAAUGCCUUGGAUGAGCUACGAAGACUAUUGGCCUACAUUCAGAGCGCAGCCGGAGCAGGAGCUCCAACGGUCGAUUUACGAACCAUGCCUUCGGCAUUAAAAUUACAGCAAUUGUUGCAAACACCGCAACAGGAGCUACAGCAACAGGCGCAACAGCAUCUACAGCAACAGCAGCAGCAGCAGCAGCAGCAACUCGCACAACAAAGUGGUCCUCCACCACCUAACCCAAAUCCGUAA